AUGUCUGAUGCGAAAAAGGCGACAAUACCUGCGUGGCAACAAGCAGCGAGUCACUCUGAUGCACCACAACAAGCCGCAGAUAGCACAACCCAGGACGAGAAACCGUCGCCAGAGCUACUCGAUGUUGCGCGACACUUCCUCAAAGAAGAUGAGAUACGAGACGCUUCUCGCGAGGACAAAGUCGAGUUCUUGAAAGAGAAGGGUCUGUCAGCUGACGCGAUCGAUCAGCUACUCUCAGAAGAACAGGACUGGGCAAGUGAGCUCAAAACUGUCCACGACACUACGCAAGGCAAGCGAGAUGUUCAGGAAACCCCUACUCUAGCAUCCAGGUCCAUUGUCAACUCCACCACAACCUCCACCACAAUUAGCGAGCCUAAGAGAGACGUCCCACCUAUAAUAACAUAUCCUGAAUUUCUGGUGAAGCCUCAGAAACCACCACCUCUUGUCACUGUUGAACGCCUUGUUCAUGCUGGAUAUGCUAUCGCUGGCGUCUCAGCAUUGACCUGGGCAGCAAGCAAGUACAUCAUCGAGCCAAUGCUACAGACCUUGACCGAAGCCCGACAUGACUUUGCAAGCACAACCCUAGACGAUCUUGAGAAAUUCAACGACAAACUCGAAGGCUUGGUCUCUCAUGUCCCCUACAUAGCAACCUCUGCUGUCAAGAAGCUCCAGGAUCGCGAAGACGACGAUGUCGAAUCUCUUGACUCUGACCCAACCGAGCUCUUUCACCGCGACAUUGCAACUCAGACCACUCCAGGUCUCUCUCGCUCAUCCUCUGAAGUCGAAUUAUCUCGCCCCACCCUUGAUUCUACUAUAGCGCAGUCACAGCGACUCUCGGGCCUGGCGUAUGCUAUCCGUAGUCUGGUUGACUCUAUGGAACACUCAAGUAAUAAUGAGAAAUACCUGCAGAAGACCCUUGAGGACUUCCAAGGAAAACUAGAUACUAUGGAGUCGAGCUAUAGUAUGCUUACAAACAACUAUUACAGCACCUACUCGAGCGCAAAUGGCGAUGCAAAGAAGUCGGAUAAGAAAGAGCAGGAAGCAACCAAAUUCAAGCAAGAGAUCAGAGCCCUCAAGGGUGCCUUUUUGAGCUCGAGGAAUUUCCCGACGGCGCCAAGGACGAAUGCGACGGUGACUGCAGGUGGACAUGGAUCGAGGUGA